AUGUCAGGAUACUCUUCGUCCUCAUCCUCGUCCUCUGCCACGAAACACAACUCCUUCAACACCCCACCAGCCCGAGAAUACCGCCUCCCAACCAUGUCUCCAACCCACCCAAUGUCCCUCGUCGAAAAACACGAAACCCUCCUCGCGCUGCACCAACACCGCAUCAACACGCUCCCAGACCUACGCCGCACAGAGCGCGCCCUAGCCCAGCUCAACACGCCCGACGUCAGCGCGCCCAUGACAGCCGCAUGGACGUACUACGUCGCCUCGCACAGCCUGCUCACCGAGCUGCGCGGGUUCACGAAGAACUACCCCUUCAGCUCGCACUGCGUCGCCGAGGCGAAGCGGCGCGUGUUUGCGGAUCCGCAGAGUAAUUGUAGUUGGAACCUGGCGUGGUUGGUGUUGCGGAAGAUUGAGGAUGAUCAACUCAUCGCAUACUAUGCCCGUCACCAAGCGAGUCAACCGGCGACCUGGGGCGGACUGGGGCCGUCGAGCGAGCAGGUGGGUCGGCUUGCGGAUGCGAUUGGGGUUGAGUGGAAAUGGGCGCUGGAUCAGAUGUUGCGGCAUUGGGAGACGCCACCGACGCGGUGA